AUGACGCCAGACCCAAACCGCCGGAACGAGUCCAGGGGCUACCAGCUCACCACGGUUGCCAUCGUGUGCCCGAUCCUUCCCGUCAUCCUGAGAAUGCUGCGCAUCUACACGCGGCUCAUCCUGAUCAAGAAGCGCUUCUGGGAAGAUUUGAGCAUUGUCAUUGCCUUGUUGUCCGUCUUGCUUCAAUACGCCCGCGUCAGCGUCCUGCCCUCGGAUAAACGACUGUGUCGCAUCUCGAUAGCUGUCUUGUGCACGGGAUACCUGAUCUUCAUCGUUCUGCGCAUGGUCCGCUGUAUCCCUUUCCAUGCCCUAUGGACACACGGGGUCCCCGGAGCGCGGUGCAUCUACAACAACACCUGGUUCAUGUUCGCCUCGCAGGGCUGGAACAUGAUCAUGGACUUUGUGAUUCUGCUCGGCCCGCUCUAUAUCCUUCGACACUCCAACGCGCCGCUCAAACAACGUGUCCUGCUCGGAGUGCUGUUGGCCUUUGGCGGAUCAGCCUGCAUCAUCUCCGCCAUACGCCUCCACACGCUUUACCCCUCGGGAACCUCGCUCGACCCGACCUGGGACAAGAUCCCCAGCGCCAUCUACGGCCUGGUCGAGGUCAACGUCGGCAUCAGCUGUGCGUCGGUCGUCACGCUGCGGCCGCUUGUUCGUCGUUUGCGGGGCGUCUUGUCGGACGAGGCAGACACUUCCGAGCGGACGAUAAUCACGAGGCCCCAGACUCUGGUCGGCUGCCGUCAGUUCAAUGGGAACCGUGCGUUGGCGGUAGCGGAGAGGAGUACGGCGCAGGCUGGGAGUGAGGAGCAGAGAACUAAGGGGUGCAUGAAGUACUAG